AUCCAACCAAACAUCAAAUAUUAUAAUUUGACUUUAGGAAAUAGGUUCAUAGUCACAGGUCCAAAAUGAGAUGGAUGCUAGCAAGAGCAUCAAGGCUCCAUCCAUCCGUUUAAUUCUUUUUUUUUUCUCUGGUUCGACAUUGAUUACUGUUUACUUGGUAAUAAGAUAGACAUUUCAAGAUGGAUCAACCAUUUUAAAUUAGGGUGAUAGAUGAGAAUGGAUAGAGGAGUAAGAUAAUGAUACAAUGGAUGAGUGAGGUUAAGAGUCACAUCACUUCACAGGAGGGAGAAAAAAAGAUAAAGAAGCCCUUCUUAAUUAAAUCUUUGAAGGAAGGAAGAGAAUCAAAAGCAGGAAGUGAAUGACAAAGGAAGGAAGGAAGGAAUUACUCCAGAAAACAUCCUACAAUAGUCGUCCACUCAACUGAAAAGCUCUGGCACUGCCCUAACUAAACAAUUUCUUAUCCACAGGAAUUCUUCAUCCGAAGCAAAUAAGCAGCAAUCCUGCCCCAAAAGUCUCAAAUGAAAACUGAUACGCCAAGCCACAAAAUCAUCAUGUCAAGCAAAGACUCCUUCUUUUUUUUUGGGUUUUUUUUUGUUGGGUUGUAAAUAUGCAAUUUUGACAUAAUCAUCAGACGUCAAGCAAUAUAUAUCAAUUCCCCCCCAAAAAUUUUAGUUGUGGAAAGUAAUAGAGAGCCCCUACAAAUACAAUCUGUGCCCGUUUGUUUGUUUUGCCCAAAUGAUCAUCAAUGAAUGAACACGCCACGCCACGCCACCUGCAGCCCAGCCCUCUCCCUCCCUCUAUAUAUAAAAUUAUCAGCAGCUGCCAAGUUCCCUCACUGCCUUCUUUGUUCCCAAACACAGCCUCUCUUCUCAAUUGCUAUUGCUGCUGACUUAUUAUAUAGGGCCCUUCCUCCCCCCAAGUCCUUGAUGAUUCUGUAAGGACGAUAGAACAGAUGGGUUUGCAACUACUUUAUCACAUUCUGCUUUUCUUUGUUGCUGCUCCAUGGAUUCUUCACCCAUGUUCUGCAAUAGGGGAUGAUACCGAUCAAACUACGUUUCUGCUUGUCAAUGCUUCUACAUCACUAUCGAGAAAAAUUCCUGACAACUUGUUUGGUGUAUUCUUUGAGGAGAUCAAUCAUGCCGGUGCUGGUGGACUGUGGGCUGAACUUGUUAGCAACCGAGGUCAGAUUUCAGAUUACUUGAGUAGUACUUCUGUGAACAGGAAAGCUCUGAAAUGAUGUUAGAAAGGGCGGGUUCAUAUCUGUUUGUCUGAUGUGCUAUAAGUUGCUAUGCAUAUUUCCAAAAAUAAAGGACUACGACAAGGCAAUCUAAAAAACUCUUUUCUACUCACGCAAUGCUGAUUAUUUUAAUAUUUCUACACCCUUCAAAAGAAAUGUCUUUUUGGUUUCUAAAAUUUGGAACAAUAAAAUUCACUGUAAAGAGCUUUGUCAAAUAUGUUACAGCCGGGACAGCCUUUUCUUUACUUCUUUUCUUGCUGUUCUCAAAUAGAAGUAUAUUAUGCCUUUACCAUGUUCCAGAUACAUUUUCUGUCUGGUUAAUGCGAUUUAAAGUAGAUAAUAUUAGACUGCUUGUGAAUAAUCUAUGCCAGGUUUUGAAGCUGGGGGGCCCAACACUCCAUCAAAUAUUGCCCCUUGGGCUAUUUUGGGGGAUGAAUCUUCAGUGAUCAUAUCAACAGAUCGUUCAUCAUUGUUUGAUCGAAAUAAAAUCGCUCUUAGAAUGGAGGUUCUUUGUGACUAUGAAGGUGCCAAUAAAUGCCCCUUGGGAGGAGUUGGCAUUUAUAAUCCUGGAUAUUGGGGAAUGAAUAUUGAGCAGGGGAAGACCUAUCAAGUGAUUCUCUACGUCCGGUCUUUAGGAUCCAUUAACGUAUCUGUAUCUUUGAAUGGGGCUAAUGGAUUGCAGACACUGGCUUCUCAUAAUAUAGUGGCCAAUGAUGUUUCCGAGUGGACAAAAGUGGAAUUUAAGUUGGAUGCAAUGGGAAGCGAUAGAAAUGCAAGGUUACAACUAACAACUUCAAGAAAAGGUCUCAUAUGGUUUGAUCAAGUGUCCGUUAUGCCUUCGGAUACGUACAAGGGACAUGGUUUCCGGAAGGAUCUUUUCAGUAUGGUUCAAGAUUUGAGACCAGGAUUUCUCAGAUUUCCAGGUGGAUGUUUCGUUGAAGGGGACUGGUUGCGGAACGCAUUCCGCUGGAAAGAAACUAUUGGGCCUUGGGAAGAGAGGCCUGGCCAUUUUGGUGACGUCUGGCUUUACUGGACUGAUGACGGUAUGGGACAUUUUGAAUUUCUCCAGCUUGCAGAGGACCUUGGUGCUCUGCCGAUAUGGGUGUUUAAUAAUGGAAUCAGCCAUCACGAUCAAGUUAACACUUCCGACAUUGAACCAUUCAUUCAGGAAAUUCUGGAUGGACUUGAGUUUGCCAAAGGGGAUGCCAAUUCAACAUGGGGUUCUGUUAGAGCUAAAAUGGGGCAUCCAGAACCCUUUGAUGUAAGAUAUGUUGCCAUUGGGAAUGAAGACUGUGGGAAGGAGAACUACAAGGGAAAUUACCUCAAAUUUUAUUCUGCUAUAAAAGACGCUUAUCCUGACGUCAACAUGAUUUCAAACUGUGAUGGAUCUUCUUCGCAGUUAGAUCAUCCUGCUCAACUUUACGAUUAUCAUAUUUAUGACACUGCAAAUACUGUAUUUUCUCAAUCUCGUAAAUUCGAUCAUAGCCCGCGAGUCGGUCCGAAGGCUUUUGUAAGUGAAUAUGCUGUGUGGAGAGAAGAUGCUGGGACAGGUAGUCUUCUGGCUGCAGUCGCUGAAGCUGCGUUUCUAAUUGGGUUGGAAAGAAAUAGUGACCUUGUGGAAUUUGCGAGCUAUGCGCCUUUGUUUGUGAAUAAAAAUGACAGGCGGUGGAACCCAGAUGCAAUUGUUUUUGACUCUUCCGAGGUGUAUGGGACUCCUAGCUAUUGGAUGCAGCAUUUCUUCCGGGAGUCAAAUGGUGCAACGCUUCUUAGUUCAACGGUCCAAUCUAGUUCUUCACUCGUUGCUUCUGCAAUUUCUUGGCAAAGAUCUCUUGAUAGGAAGACUUUCUUGAGAGUGAAGGUGGUGAAUUUUGGAAGUAGUAUGACAAAUCUGACGAUUUCGAUCAAAGAAUUGGAGAAGUCCAUAGAAGUAGGUGGCUCAUCAAAGACAGUUUUGACAUCAAGCAGCGUAAUGGAUGAGAACUCUUUCAGCAAUCCAAACAAGGUGGUGCCGGUGAAAAGUUUACUGGAUAAUGCUGGGGAGGAUAUGAAUGUAACUUUGCUACCUCACUCAGUAACUGCUUUUGACUUCGCCUUAAAAGGAGAUUUGGAUGAGGACAAGAUCAAGAUGAUGAAAGUUGAAGAAGGUGCUUCCUCUUUUUCUGUUACCUCUGAUGCUGUUCAAGUCUUAUCUUCCUAGGAAGUGCCAAAGGAAAGCAGAAAAUAGAAACCUUGAAUUACAAUCAAUUUAAUAAUCUAAUAAAAAUAUGUUACUUUUCAGCCACUUUUGUUUCUUGCUGAAAUCUAGUAAUAUAAUACAAAUUCAGUCACAUGAACUCUUUGAUGCACAACAAAAGGGGGGUUUCAUUGCCUAUUGGAAGAAGAUGAUUAGUAAUAGGCUAAGUUAGCAAAUUGCAUAGCCGCGAGAUCCCAAGUAGUGUAACUGCAGCAGCAUGGAUUAGGCAUCAUAAGUCCCUCUUGAAGCUCAGGUAUCACGUCUUGAUAUCAUGUUCAACAGGUGUUUCUCAAACUCUACCAAA